AUGGCUUGGGAUCAGACAAGGCUGCUAGCAGUUGCUACAUUGUCUACGGCCCUAGUUCUUGGUUCACUGUGGUAUAACGAUGUUGUCACUGUAGAAAUUAAAUGGCCCGUUCGAGGUAAGAAGGGCAUAAGCAAAAUGAAAACUGGCUUUGUUGCUCCAAAGGGCAUUGAACAGCUAAUUGGCAAUACGCCAAUGGUUCGAAUCAAUUCACUUAGUGAUGCUACCGGCUGUGAAAUUUAUGGUAAAAUGGAAGUUCAAAAUCCUGGUGGAAGCGCCAAGGAUAGAGUGGCUCUAGCUAUUAUUGAAAAUGCAGAAGCUCAGAACCUCAUUACACCGCAUUCUGGUGAUAUGAUUUUUGAAGGAACCUCUGGAUCCACUGGUAUAUCAUUAGCAAUGCUUUGCAGGGCCAAAGGGUAUAUUGCUCACAUUGUAGUACCAGAUGAUACUUCGCAAGAAAAGGUUGAUCUGCUAGAAAAUCUGGGUGCCGUUGUUCACAAGGUUCGGCCUGCUGGAAUCGCUGACCCUAAACAAUACGUCAAUUAUGCCAAAGCUGCCGCAAUGGAGAUUAAUAACAACCCUGAGAAUAAACAUAGAGCUCUCUUUGCCGACCAGUUUGAAAAUGAGGCAAACUGGAAGACUCACUACGAUCAUACUGGCCCUGAAAUAUAUAGCCAGAUCUCCGAAGUAUUACCAAAGGGCAAGACCCUAGAUGCAUUCAUCACUGGUGCUGGUACGGGAGGAACCAUAUCAGGAGUGUCCAAGUAUCUCAAGGAAAGAUUGCCCCAUGUAAAGGUCGUUAUCUCGGACCCCCCAGGAAGUGGGUUCUAUAACAAAGUCAAAUAUGGUGUCAUGUUUGAUUUGAAAGAAAAAGAGGGCACCCGGAGACGUCAUCAAGUCGAUACUGUAGUAGAGGGAAUAGGUCUGAAUAGAAUUACAAGAAACUUCUCUGCCGGAUCGGACUAUAUCGAUGACGCUAUUCGUGUGAAAGAUGAAGAAUCGGUGAAAAUGGCAAAGUACCUUGUAGACAAUGACGGCCUAUUUGUUGGAAGCUCGUCUGCCGUUAACUGUGUAGCUACGUACAAAUAUGCCAAACAGUUGGGUCCAGGUCAUACUAUCGUGACUAUACUAUGCGAUUCUGGGUCACGGCACUUGUCCAAGUUUUGGAAACUAGCCAAAGAAUCUGCCUCCAUCAAAGACCUCUCCCAGCUGUAA